AUGACAGGGCUCUCAGAGGAAGAGGCAACAUCUCAGUCUCUGAAGGAGGGCAGAGAAAAACGUGUAUCAUUUCCCCCAGAUGAGCAGAUGGUGUCUGACUUUGUGGAGAGAAGGGCUGAACUUCAAGAGGGUGAGCGGUUAGAUUAUUGCUCCUGUGAAUCUCUUGAAGAGAUCCUGAAAUCAGUGCAAUUUGAUUUUAUCAGUCUGCAGGGGGCCGAGCUUGAGCAAAAUUUUCAUAAGGGAGCAUCAUCUUUGCUAGAUAUGUUUUUGUACUACGAGUCAGCUACACACCUCGACAUGUCCUCGAACUCAGGCAUGGGAUUCUCAGGUUGGCUGUCACUGUCACACCUCCUCCGACAGAGUGGAUGCCUGUGGAGACUGGAUGCUUGCAACAUGCCUAUGGUGGACUACGCCGCGCAGGCCUUGUCAAAAGCCCUUCUCACCAGCAGGCUGACAGUGCUACACCUUGAAAACACCUGCCUGAGCGGCAAACCUCUCUUCACGCUUGUUGGUGCUCUGAAAAGGAACGUCGCUUUGCAGGAGCUUUACCUCUCUGAAAACAACCUUAACGGCUACCAGGACUCCAUGCAACUUGGCGACCUCCUCAAAUACAACAGCACUCUUAAAACCUUGGACCUAAGCAACAAUACCAUGUCUGACUCAGGUUUGGAAGAGAUUUGUGAUGCUUUGAGCUCUCAGAAGACUGGUUUGAGAACGCUGAUACUGAGUAACAAUCACAUCACUCAUCUUGGCAUGAGCCAUCUACAGAAUGUUCUGGCCCGCUUAAAAACGCUCGAAACAUUGAACCUUGGCAAAAACAACCUUGAGAACAGAGGCAUUCACAUGUUAAAGGAGUCCCUCAUGAUCAAUCGCUCUUUAUUGCAACUUGGCCUAGCCUCCACAGGAAUAACAUGCGAGGGUGCUGUGACUUUGGCUGAGAUCCUUGCAGAGAGUCCACAGAUCCAGCGCUUGGAUGUACGGCAGAACCAGGUGCUUGCUGGGGGCCUCAUGGCUCUGUCGUUGGCCCUAAAGAUAAACCGUUCACUCAUCAGACUGGAUCUAGACCAACAUUUGAAAGAGGAAAAGGAGGACUUCCUGCUCGAAACGCAGAAGAUGCUGGUGAGCAGGAUCUCCGAUGUGUGCGCGGCGAAUACAAUGGCCGCCAAGGGGACGGCUCUGCGGCCCGCUUCUCCAGACUCGGCCGACAGCGCCGAGACCACCUAUCCACUCCCCACCCAAACAGCUGACUAGAAGACAUAUAAGCAUAAUAAUUCUAUGGCAAAUAACGAUAACCAUAAAACUCCAAAUCCUGGUAAUAAAGCCAAAGCCUCUCUCCCUAAUGAAACAGUGGCCCUCCUGCUGUUUCCUGCCUAAUGUUCCCGCCGAGGCUUCCUCCACUUUCCAUAAAGCAAUUUUGCAAGCCCACUCCCAACGUGAAUCAUCUCGAAAUGAAGAGAAGCCUCUCCCUCCAUCUCUCUUUGUGUCCCCGGAGGGUGACGCUGACUAAAUCUGUGUUGAUACAGAGGUGUGCUCUAAAUCCUGUUUGCUCGGGUUCCAUCUCCUCUAAUAUUCACACUCAUGUAUGAGGCCCCUUCCCUGCCUGCGUCUGCUAAUGUAGCGUAUCGUCGUCUGGAUGACAAGACGAGUGCCUCAAACUCCCUCACAUGUAUCGUUUACUGCUGGUGCAGAGAAUCACAAUGUGUGGGAAGGAGAACAUAUGUUAAAUUUAAGAAGCUGGGAUUUACCUCUGCGCAGGUCUUAGUUUACAUGCGCUACUCAACACUAGCCAACAACAAAGGACAAAACGCUUUUUCGUUCGGUUUACGUUGUGGAUGCACAUGAAAAGGUGUUAUAUCUGAAAAUAUAGGCAUCUUUUGUGGAACUCGCACUAAAUACCAUCUGCCGUGUGUCUUUAAAUUCAAGGUAAUUAAGAAUAUGUUUGGUAAACGAAAAACAACCUUCUGAAAUGCAAUAAAUGAGAGUUUG